AAAAAAAUAAAAAAAAUAAAUGAGCCCUCCUUAUUUUAGUCUCCUUAUGAAGAAAAAGAAGGAAAUCUCAUCGGGAUGGCCGUGCGUUUUCGUCAAACUCAUGGAUCAAACCCUCUCAACAAGAAAAGAAGAAUCAAGAAGCAGAAGAAAGAUUACACCACGAUUUCUAGGUAUUUUAUAGACUUCAAAAGAGAGAGCACAAAUUUGGAAAAGGAAAAAACCAGCAACAAGAAGAAGAAGAAGUAGACAGCGACUUCCGCAAGUUCGAACUCACCAAAAAAAACAAAAAAAAAAAAAUAAAUAAAAAAAAAAUGGCGGAGCAAGAGGCGCAAGAUAGCGAGAGCCUUCCAAAAGAUGUGAAAGAAGAGGCGCAAGAUAUCGAGUCGCAGAUUAACUCCGCUAUGCUCUCCCGUGUCGGCCAUUUCAAGGAACAAGCAGAUUCGUUGACUUUUGAAGGGGUUCGAAGAUUGUUGGAGAAGGAUUUGGGGAUGGAAAUUUAUACAUUGGAUGUGCACAAGAGAUUUAUCAAGCAGCUUUUGCUGAAGUGCAUAGAAGGUGCCAAUGAUGAAGAUGACUCCAAGAAUUCUGGGGAGGCUAAGGAAGAAAGUGUAAGAGGAAAUGCAGCAGAGUUACCUGAAGGACAUCAACCAAAGAAAGAUGUGAAGGAAUCUUUCUCUGAAGAUGAGGACAAAAUGGAAGACUCCCCUGUAUUGGGCCUUCUGACAGGACAUAAAACAAAUAAAUCUGAAACUGAUGGCUCUAAAGGGAACACUAAAAGAAAAGCUCCAAGUGAGAGCACAAUAAAGUCAGCCCUUGUAAAGAGAGCUCCGUACAUCACAGCUAAUUCCGAUAAAGUUACUAUGGCUGACCUUCGGCGUCUACUGGAGGAAGAUCUUGGACUUAAAAAAAAUACCCUUGAUCCUUAUAAGAAGUUCAUUAGUCAGCAAUUAGAUCGGGUAUUAAAUUCUAGUGAAGUUUCAGAACCUGCUUCUAAUGCCAAAAAAAGUGUUGUUAAGAAAAACUCUCAAAAAACUGUACCUAAAAAGGCUCGCAUUGUAGAGAGUUCUGAUUCUUCAGAUACUGAGAGUGAUGAGGAAGAAGAUGAACUGAAAAUUAGGAAGAAAAGAGCUCCAAAGGGAAAGAUGCAGAACUUUGAUGGGGUUAAAAAGCGGAAAACCCCUUCAAAGGAUCUGAACAUCUCUGGGAAGAAGAGGAUUAAGUCUGCAGAAGCAAUGAAGGAGAACCAUAGUGAUGCAGAAGAUGGUGGAAGUGUCUCUGAAGAUGGGAACUCUCAAUCAUCCGCUGAAAAACCUACGAAGAAGAAAGAGGUUUCAGCUCCUGCAUAUGGCAAACGUGUAGAGAGUCUAAAAUCAGUCAUUAAAGCUUGUGGGAUGAGUGUCCCCCCUGCAAUUUACAAGAAAGUCAAGCAGGUGCCUGAGAACAAACGUGAAGACCAACUGAUAAAGGAGUUAGAGGAGAUACUGGCCAAAGAAGGAUUAUCUGCAAAUCCCUCUGAAAAAGAAAUCAAAGAAGUUAGAAAGAAAAAGGAACGAGCAAAAGAACUUGAGGGUAUUGACACAAGCAAUAUUGUAUCAAGUUCACGUAGAAGGUCAACAACCGGUUUUGUCGCUCCUCCAAAGCCCAAAAUACCAAUUGAGAGUGAUGAUGGAGACACUGAUGAUGAUGAAGAUGAUGACGAUGAUGAUGAUGAAGAUGAUGACGAUGAUGAUGAUGAUGAUGAUGACAAUGAUCAUAAUGAGGAUAAUGGUAACAGUGAUGACAGCCAGAGCGAAGAGUCUAAUGAAGAUGAUGAUGACAGUGAAUGAAUCCAUAAGUAGACUGCCGAGAUUACUGAUCUGGAAACUUCAAUAAUUUAUCAUCAUGGUGUAAAAUGUAGCUUAGUUUCCGCUUUCAUCGUUUUAUGUAUUAUUAUUAGUUUAUCAUGGCUAAAUUUUCUUCUCGGUGUGCGAACAGAACAUGAUGCAGAAUUUCUUGCGUCGAGCAGUUUUAAGUACAUCAGUAUACCUCUUCUGAAGGGAAAUAGAUUUAGUUACCUGCAGCUUGAUUUAUGUUGUCUUUAAUGUAACAUGUGAAAAUGUAAAGUCUAGGUAAAACUACAAUAACACCCCUGUUUUGCUAGUUUUGUAGAAAUGCCUUUGUUAUUAUUUUGGAAAUUACAAAAACAUCUCUCACAUUUCA